AUGGCGCCGCCCUCAAAGCAAGACGCCAUCGUCAUCGUCGGCGCCGGUGUCUUUGGCCUCUCGACUGCCCUGAGUCUUGCGCAGAGAAAUUUCACCGAUGUCACCGUUCUCGAUCGCAUGGCACCCCCGGUGCCGGAUGGAAGCAGCUGCGACAUAUCGCGAAUCGUGCGUAGCGACUACUCCGACCCGUUCUACGCCCGCAUGGCGAAAGAGGCGCUGGAGGCCUGGCGGGCGGGACCCUUUGCGAAUCUAUACCACAACUCGGGCUUCGUGUUGACCUCCGAAUCUCGGCCAGACGCGUUUCUGGAGAAGCUCAAGGGGGUCCUCGCAGGGCAGGACAUCCCUUAUGAAAGCUUCAACAGCAGCAGUGAGCUGAAACGGAAGUUUCCAUCCCUGAAUGAAAUCCAGACAGACUUUGGCGGUUAUUUGAAUCCCAAUGGAGGCUGGGCGGAUGCUGCGGCCUCGAUUUCUCGGUUGGCGACCCUGUGUACCGAGAAAGGAGUCUCUAUCAUCACUGGACCCAGAGGGACAGUCAAGUCUAUGAGAAUCACGAACUCCCGAAUCGAGGGCGUCAAUGUCGCUCUGGGCCCUCCUGUUCUUGGAUCGAGAGUUAUUCUCGCCACCGGCGCGUGGACAAAUGGCCUCUUGGACUUGAUAUAUGCUAUGUCUUCCUCUGGGCAGCCCGUCGGGUUCAUCCAACUGACUCCGGAAGAGGCACACAGCAUUUCCAAAAUGCCAACCCUCAUCAACAUGACAUCGGGAUUCUUUGUAUUCCCUCCCACCCCGGGCACGAACAUCCUCAAGGUGGCCUGCCACAGCCACGGCUUCGAGACCAGGCAGCCCGUAGAUGGCACCGACCGAACCAUAUCUGCGCCCAAACGGGACUUGAACAACGCGACCUCCUUUUUCAUCCCGGAAUCCGCGGAUUCUGCGCUCCGGCACGGUCUGAGACAGAUCCUGCCUCGGUUUGCGGACAGACCAUGGAUAAGGCGCCGGCUUUGCUGGUACACCGAUACCCCUGAAGGCAACUUUGUGGUCGAUCAUCACCCGUCUAUUGAAGGGCUGUUCAUCGCGGCGGGAGGAGCAGGGCACGGCUUUAAGUUUCUUCCGAUCCUCGGGAAUUAUAUCUCGGACUGCUUUGAAGAGAAGGCGUCGGUGGAGGUGAGGGAGAAGUGGAGGCUGAGAAGCGACCCUGGCGUUAGACUCCCCUUCGUGUGCAACGAUGGAAGUCGUCGGGGGCCGCCUCGCAGAGUGCUCUCGAAGUUUGAGCAGGCACGCCUCUGA